UGUAGAAUUAAAACUGGGAACAGGAUGUUUUCAUUUCUGUGAUUGGUUCUUCAGUGUCUGGGCCUUCUCGUUUAUAAUUACGCUUUUGCAUUAGUUUAACAGAAUAGGGACACUAAACAUCAAACACUGUGUCUAAAUUAUGACAAAAUGGAUUUAACGGAAGAGAGGCGUAAUCAUUUCUUGAGAUUUUUUUAGUACGCCGUGAAGGUGAUGGUGCCACUGCUGCAGCUUGUCCAGGCUGAGUUUGCGCUGUGACCUAUGGGUUUGACAGGAAUGAAGAAAGUUGUACAACAGAUAAUAACUUCAUAUAAAAGCAACUACUCAUUAUACUGCAAUCAAAACUUCCCAUCCAGAUUUUCAAAUGAAAAUGGAGGAUAUGCCCCUGUCAGGCCCAGACAACACCAGGCUGGAGGCUUUGGUGCAUGACAUCUACUCUGAGCUGGUGGAUGAUGCCUGUUUGGGCCUGUGUUUUGAGGUGCAUCGUGCGGUCAAACAAGGCUACUUCUUUUUGGAUGAAACGGACCCAGAAAGCAUGAAGGAAUUUGAAAUCGUGGACCAACCUGGAGUGGAUAUAUUUGGCCAAGUUUAUAACCAAUGGAAGAACAAAGAGUGUGAAUGCCCCAACUGUAAAAGACUGAUCGCUGCUUCUCGCUUUGCCCCUCACCUGGAGAAAUGUCUCGGUAUGGGACGCAACAGCAGCCGAAUAGCUAACCGCAGGCUAGCCACAAAUAACACCAUGAGUAAAUCUGAAAGUGAUCAGGAGGACAAUGAUGACCUUAAUGACAAUGACUGGUCCUAUGGGGCAGAGAAAAAAUCCAAGAAAAGAAAGCCAGAAAAGAAUCAGACUUCUCCAAGAAGGUCAAAAUCACUAAAACAUAAAAAUGGUGAACUUAGUGGCAGUGUCCCAUCAGAUGCCUAUAAGUACAACUACAGUUCUGGCAUUAACUACGAAACACUGGGCCCAGAUGAAGUCCGAUCUGUGCUAACAACGCAAUGUGGUGUGAUUUCCGAACACUCCAAGAAGAUGUGUAACAGGUCUCAGCGCUGCCCCCAGCACACGGACGAACAGAGGAGGGCCGUCAGGGUGUUCCUCCUGGGCCCGUCCGCGCCUCCGCUCCCUGAUGCUGACGCAGUGACGGAGAGUGACAGUUUUGACAUUCCUGAUGGACAGAGCCUGAUGAGCCGUUUACAAUGGGAGGAUUCACCCGAUGUGUCUCCUACUGACUCUGCCUCGUCAAAAGCCAGUACUAAUCAUUCAGAUUCACGAAGACCUAAGAAGAAGAAGAGGCCGUCUCUGAGUAUGAACAGCAGCAGUGGGGGAGGCGGAGGGGGCGGAGGGAGCGGAGGAGGAGGGGGUGCCGGAGGGCCCUCUGGUGGCAACGGAGGAGGUAGCAGCAGCAGCAGCUCUCAGAGUAAUACCAGCUUAUCGUCCAAAAAAAAGAGGCCCAAACCGUCAGGACCCUCAAUGUCCAGUAUCUAUGACGACUGAACGCACCAACUUUUGGUGACUAUAUUCUCAUCAUAUCAUCGACUCUUACACAACCAGUGAUUCAAAAGAGUGAAGAGUGAAGAAAGCGAUAUGCACGAUUUUUUAUUAAAAAACAAACUUGUGAUCUCCAAAUAUCAUGAAAUACAUUUACAGUACGACAUAAACAUCAUGUAAAUUUAAGAUAUUGAUAAAUAGUUGAUCAAAAUUAUAGCUAUUUUGAUACUUUGCAGUGACAUCAUGCUGGGGGUGUUCUACACGUAUUUCUAAUGGUGGUUCUAGUUUAGGAGUUACCCUGGUGACCCAAUGCCCACAUUAGCAAACACUCUCAAAAGGUUUUAAGACUGUCAGAAAUCUCAAAAAAAAAAAAAAUGGACAUAAACAAAUAAAGUUAGCCCAUGACAGUCAUUUUACAUGUGAGAGACUUGUUUAAGAGCACAUUUAAAUCUCUGCACCCCCAGGGAAUGUUGAUAAAAUCAGCUGCAAAAUAUCAAUAGCUUCAUGUUCUAAAUUGAGCUCUCAAACUACUAUAAUAAUGUUUUAAAACUGUGAAUAACUAUGAUAUUUGGAGAUCAUUUUAUUAUAAUUUUGGUUGUAAAAAAUAUAAACUUUUGUCUCAUUUUAACAGUCAUCAGCCUCAUGUGUAUAUAUAUAUAUAUAUAUCAUAGAAGCAGGGUUAAUUGGCCAAGGCUUUAUUUAACUUUUUGAUAAUUUAAAGACUGUAUUUUAUUUUAGACUCCAAGUCAUAAUAGCUAGUUUUAUGUUGACAGGUGCGAUUUAGGAGAUGCAAAUGGUUACUGCAACUUUAUUAAGAAAAAAACUGAAAUGCUCUUUCAUUUUAACAUUCUAAAUGCUAGAAAACUGGCCAAAGUUUUUAUCAUUUAUGUAAAAAGACUAUUUGAAAUUUGAGUCCAAGUCAUGCGGAUAGUUUAUUUUUGGCAUGCUAAUUUCAGAUAUGCAUCUUAUUAUAUCCCCAAAGGGAGUUUUAUUUUAUUAAGCAAGUCCAUGUUUAUAAAAAUUAGUUAUUUUGAAAUUAUUUAGUUUAUUCAAAAUGGACACUUGACAUUUGUAGAUUUGAGUGCUCAUGCGUGGCUUUUAAAUCUGAACUUCUCGCGUAGUAUUGCACAUUUGCGUGUGUUUGUACAGUGUGUGCCUUUUGUAUGCUCAGUUUUGUUUUGUGUGACGACCAUUGGUUUCUGUGUGGUAAGUAUGACUCCAGGAUGUAAUCCAAACUAUGCAUCCCCGUAUGUGAAUUUUGUGAUGUUUGUGCCAUUUUAACUUCUUUGUUUACAGCGGUAUAUUUAAGUUUUAAUUUAUCACUGCCUAGUAAGUGAUAUGUAAAUAUUAUUUGUGAUUUAAUGCAGAUUUUGAUAUCUGAGGAGCCACUAGGCAAACGGCACAUGUAUGUAUGUUUUUAUGAUAAAAUGUGAUGGAAAUGAAAUCAUGAUAAAUACAACUUUUCUCUGUAGUAA